AUUUUAUUUUUAGUAUUCGAAUACUUCGUUAAGAAUCGAAUGCUCAAAAGAAUUGAAUACUUCGAUUAUUUGUAUUUGAAUAGUCCCUUUACUGUUCUUAAGCAUUACCAUUUUCAGAUCGAUGGCGUAGAUAUUCUGUACGGCAGCCGUGAAGCUGAAGCUUUCUGGACAGACUACCACAACAAGCGGGUCCAGGCUCGUAUAAUCAAGGUAACCGAGGACAGAAGAAGUAACAGAGACUCUGACGUUGCCAGGACUGUUUUAAUCAACCUUAUCGAUCCUCGGGGCAUAGCUUUGGAUUGGGUGGCCGAACGUCUAUAUAUAACGGACGGUUCACGUAUAAUAGCCACAGAUUUAGAAGGAAAAUAUAAUUAUACCUUGAUCAGAGGCAAUCUGCAACAACCAAGAGACAUUGUCGUAUCUCCAGCUGAUGGUCUAAUGUUCUGGGCUGACCUUGGACAGGAACCCAAAAUAGAGCGAGCAGAUAUGGAUGGAUACAACAGAAGAAUUUUGAUGGAUAAUUUACUGUGGCCAACAGGUCUGACGAUCGAUUAUCACACGAAACGUUUGUACUGGUGCGAUCCCAAGUUGUUGAGUGUAGAAAGCGUGUCAUACGACGGGACAAACAGGCAUUUGAUUAAGCGUUUCUCCAAAAGUUUCAGGCCUCAUAAACUCGAGGUGUUUGAAGACAAAUUGUACGUUUCCACAUACCAGAAUCACGAUGUUUUGAAGAUGGAUAAAUUCGGCACGGAUGAAUUCGUUUUCUUAGCUCACAGGUUGGGUAGGAUUUCCGACAUCCUAAUAUCGCAGGAACACAGACGUCCCAGCAUUAACAACUCCUGUAGCGACUUCUGCAAUAACAACGAGUUCUGUCUACUGACACCUAAUGGUGCGCGAUGCCUCUGCGCAGACGGCUACGUCAGUGAUAACCUCACAUGUAAAGCUGUCGCCACAGCUCAGUGUCCUUUCAGCUGCAAUGUAGGAAACUGUAAGAUUGAACCAGGAAAGGCUCCAUAUUGCGUCUGUCCCCCUCUGUACACUGGCGACAGAUGUCAGCAUUACAGAUGUUCUCAGUAUUGCAAAAAUAGAGGUAUGUGCGUUCUAGGCGACUCCAGGAACGGAACUGCUUUGUCUACCGAUGACCAAGGUAAAGUACCUUUAAAAUGUUACUGUCCUCCGCAAUGGUAUGGUAAACGAUGCGAGAAACGGCUGCCUUUGUGCACGGACUUCUGUAGAAAUGGAGGAAGUUGUGCAGUAUUCAUGGGUCUACCUCAUUGUACCUGCACUCAUGGGUUUAUGGGGUUCAGAUGUCAGCAUUGUACUAAUUUCGAUUGUGGUAACGGAGGCAGUUGUUCGGUCAUCAACGGGGCUAGAUCGUGCAAGUGUUCUCAAGGUUAUAACGGUACUCAUUGUGAAAUAUCAGUCUGUGGAGCUCACGGUCAAGUAAGAGCCUUAUCACGCGGCAUCAAAUGUGAUUGUCAUGCUGGCUACACUGGCGAAUUAUGUGAUACCAACAGAUGCGAAAGCCUAUGUCUCAAUGGAGGCACAUGCAAGCCAUCUACAUUGGAAUGCGUUUGUCCUCCAAAUUUCUCAGGUAGUCGCUGUGAAAUAAGUCAAUGUUCUGGCCUUAAUCCUCCUGAAAAUUGUUGUGGUCAUACAGGAUGCAAAAAUGGAGGGCAGUGCGUUAGUUUGGAUGGGAAGCAAGUAUGCAACUGUACUGAACGCUGGGGUGGGGAUGAUUGUACCCAGUAUAUGGGCAAUUCUAAUCCUUGUAACGGAUACUGCAAAAACCAUGGAGUUUGCGAGAUUAGUUGGCCCAACAACACUCCUAGAUGUCGUUGUACCAGCCAGUGGUUUGGACCUACCUGUACGCGACAAAAAUGUACCUUCUCCUGUAAAAACGGUGGAACUUGUACUGUGGCUAACGGUAAAUCAUUCUGCCUCUGCCAUACUGACUACGAAGGUGAAUACUGUACUGUACUGAAAAAUCCGGAAAUCAUCGAGAAAUACGAAAACGCAUCUAAAGGAAGCGAAGGCAGAACCAUAUGGGUGCCGAUAGGGUACGCUCUGGCUGUAAUCCUGAUAGUUCUUGCAUUAGGAGCUAUAGGAUUUCAAUAUGUAUUCAGAGGAAGAACAGUGUUUUCACACGAGAGGUUGCAAGAAAAUGAUUUUAGCAAUCCCAUUUAUCAAGAUAGAGAUGCUGAACCCUUUACGCUAGAUGCGGAUAAGUCUGGUAAUUUCGUAAACCCCGUUUACGAUUCGGUGUACAACGGUACCACUAGCGGUAGAGAAGAGAAAGCAGUACUUCUAGAUCAUACAACUGAUGAGACACCUCCUCCGCCCACAGAAGAACUCUAGAUAAUUUAUUGUACAUUUAUUUUUUACUCUAUUUUUGUAUUUUUUGCCAAAGCAGUGUUUUUGGUGCCUAUCGAUACUUCGUAUUUCUUAGAAUUUCGGUGUUGCACUAUGUGUUUUUGCGGCUGCAUUAAAAAAAGGGAUGGUGACAACACACGACUUUAUUUAGGGGGGAUCAUUCCUUUUGGCAAUAUGGCGUUUUAGCAUGUCCCAAGCAUGCUCGAUCACAUUCAUAAUUACCUUCCUACAAUUUCAGCUAUUGCAACUUGCCGGUAGCCCUGUUGAGACUGUGUUAC